UGGUUCCUCGUUGUGCCAAUGGAUCUGACUUUAGUGUGAAACGAGGCUUGGACCAGUGGGUUGUGCGAGCUAGAUGUGCGUCUCUUAAGAGGACAGUCGAGACCAUGAUUGGCCUCUGAGAAUUGAUUUCAAUAGAAGAGAAGAGUGCUCGAGGAUUGUCCGAUGAGAAGAAUGGUGCGGUUUUGUGGCGCGUUGUAGCCAAGUCCCUCAUGAAGGCAACCUCAAAAUCAUUGGAGUGGCCAUAAUCCUGUCAAGAACAUUGCCCACAACAUCCUAAAGCCUGGUGGCUGUCAAAGCCAGAGGCUUCUAAAACCGAGGACGCGAUAAAAAUGGUGCAAAUGUUCUAUUACGAGCACCGCGGGAAAUGUUGCAAGAAGAUUUGGAGCCAUAAUGGCGAUCCGUUGAAGGUGUAUCUUCACGUUGAAGAGUCGUGGGCUGAAACGGCCGGACAGAGUUAUCUAACGUUGAGACCAUCGUGGUGGAAAUCCAACCGGAUCAUCGUGUCAGAAGUAUCGGGAACUAAACGAAGAUUUGGCUACGGCAAGAUGGUGGACAAUUGUGGAAAAGGCACAAUAUGGAUUCGUGGUCAUUUCCAUGAGAAGCAUCCGUCCAAGGAUUCGGAUCCAUACUUCAAGCUCACGCUGACCAGCGCCAUCUCGUCCGAGGAUUUCCAUCUAGGCUAUUGCCUGAGCGGAGUUCUCGAGCGCUCGCACCAGAAGUACACUCCGUAUCAAAUGACCCAUUUGGCUUUCGUUCGGCGUCGCGAGGAUGCUCACCCAAAUUGCUCGGCGAGCAAUAAACCCACACCCUCACAAAACUUCAAGUCCAUGUUGUCAUCCACGUUUUACAAGAAUAUUUGCAGAGUUUAUCAAAGACAGAUGUAGGCUUUUGUCCAGAUAUAGCGAUCCAAGUCGUUAAUGUGCCAAAUGAACAAUAGAUAUCCUGAACCCUCA